UUCAGUUUUCUCCGCUGGGCUGGGUGCGCUCUGCUUAAUUAGCAUGAGAAUAGAAAGGCAUUCUCCCUAUCCUCCCUUAGGGAUGGAGAGGAAAGAAGAGCAAAGGCUGUAGCUCUGUCCUACUCCAUCAGAGAUUCUGGGACUGGGAGAAUGACCACCUUCACAUUUCUCCAAUCCUCUGAGGACCCCAGGACCCACGGUAUUGAGAAAAGCUUUGAUGGAGCCGGCUGGUAGAUCUCCACUCCAGAUUUUCCAGCUGUCCCUGUCCCCCCACCGCUCAGAGAGCAGGAUGCUGAGAUGGCUCGGUGAUGCAGAAGAAAAAUCAUUGGCACAGAGGGAUGGAGACGCCUGGCCAUAGGUUUUGGAACCACUAUGGUUCCAUCCCUUUACCUCCGAGAAAACAAAAAGGCAGAUCGUCCCAUAUGCUGAUGAGGAAAGGUCCAGUUGUGCUCCAAGGUGACAAUCACCUUGACCAAGGGUUUAGCACCCAGGUAACAGCAAGGACUACUCCAGUUUCCAAGUGAAACUAGCCAGGGGCACUGUUUCCUUGUUACCUUUCAAAUCCUCUUCUUAUCAUGUCCCGCUGUUAACUAAUGAAGAGCUUUACCUGAUAGAUCUUUCUACCCUAAGAAGGCUAAUAGUCAUUCCUGCAGCAUUGACUCAAGGACUAGUUUGCUGUGGAACGAGAUUCCAGUGAGGUGCCCUUCUGCAGUUCAGCACGAGGACGGUUCCUUCAGGCAGGCUUCCCAUAGAUAUUGAAAGGUUAACUUACUAUCAGAACCGCACCAGCUGUUGCUUCUUUUCCAUCCUGCUCUGGCCUUUCUUUAAGACCUCGGAUUAUCUACGAACAUUAGCUGUUUUAGGACCCAUUUGCAGUCAUGAUCUCACUCUACUUGCAGAUCAGCUGGAGAUUAUAAAAUUCUGAAGUUCAGUCUCUGAGAGCUUUACUGAUUUAUCGUCCUACUUAAGCAAAAUAAGCAGUGAUUCUUGCAUAUCUGAAGAAAACCUCAACAUCUAGACUACUGUGGAGGACAUUUUCACUGAGGCACAUCCCUAACUUGAGAGAUGGGGAGUGAAUUCAAAAGAAUUGUUCUGCUGAAAGGAUUUCAGCACAUCAGUGAUUAUCAGUUUAGCAUGAUUAAGAGUUUACUGGCCAAGGAUUUAAGACUGACUAGUAAAAUGCAAAAUGACUAUGACAGAAUUAAGAUUGCUGACUUGAUGGAAGUAAAGUACCCUGGGGCUGCCUGUGUUGAAAAAUUAAUAGACUUGAUCAAAGAUAUAGAAGAAAUUAAAGACCUUGCUAAAACUCUUCGAAAGGAGAGGUUAAAAGUUAUUAGGAGAAGCAGAGCAAAAGAAGCAACUCCAGUGAAAAAAAGCAAGCUGAAUAAAACCAGUCCUGACCAAUCUACAUCCACCACUGAUAAAGCUUUGGGACCUGAAUCAAUCAAGGAUACACCUGUGAAGGGAAAGAAAACCACAAAAACUAAUGAAUCUGAGAGGAUGAAUCUAAAGAAGGAUCAGAGUCAGCUUCCAGGAUUGUUAAUAACCAGUACAGAGUCAACUGAGAGCCUUCCCCAGACUCCUCAAAUGCUUCCACCAAACCCAUCCAGCAGCUCUUCAACCAAGAAAAAAAAUGACAUAGCCACCAAAAUUAACGACUUAAAAAGGAAGACCGUAUCUCAGAAACAGAGUCAACUUCCAGGAACUUCAGCAACCAGCAAAUGCCCAACUGGGAGCAGUUGUCCAGUGAAAUCUAUACCUCCACCAACACCAUCCAGCAGUUUCUCAGUCAAGGAAGAAGAAAAUACAUAUUUUUGGAUUCAAAGAAUAGAAGACACAACCAAUAAAACGCUUGACUCCAAGAAAAAGAAACUAUGCCCGGAGCAGAGUCAGCUUCCACAAUGUGCAAACUUCAGCAUGAUCCCAAAUGAGGGCUGCCUUCAGACUCCUCAGAUGCUGCCACCAACCUCAUCCAGCAGUUCCUCAACCAAGAAACCAAAAUUGAAGGCUGUACCUAAAGAAGCUUCCAGAGAGGAGGGCUUCCAGAGGGGGCCCAAAGAAGUGAUGGUGCUGAAAGCAACGGAACCAUUUACAUAUGAUGUCAGAGAAGGCGAGAGGAAGAUGUUUCAUGCCACAGUGGCUACUGAGAGCCAGUUCUUCCAAGUGAAGGUUUAUCAUGUUGACCUGAAGGAGAAGUUCAUCCCAAAGAAAAUCAUUGCCAUAUCAGAUUAUUUUGGCCGCAGUGGGUUCCUGGAGGUGUUCAAUGCCUCAUCUGUGUCUGAUGUUAACCCUGACCGAAAGAUGGAGAUCUCUAAAAGCCUGAUUCAAAAGGCAAAUGCAACUCCUAAAAUCAGUCAUCUUUACUCGCAAGCUCUAGGAACAUUUGUGAAUGGGGUGUUUCUGGUGCAUGAGAAAUUGGUACGUAAUGAAUGCAUAUAUUAUGAAAUACAAGAUAAUACAGGAGUGAUGGAAGUCCUGGUUUAUGGAGAACGACUGACCAGAAUCAGCUGUGAGAAAGGCGAUAGACUUACACUCAUCUGCUUUGAAUUGGCAGUCACCAAGGCCAGGAAAAGCAAGGAACAACCAUUCAAUCCUGAAUCAUAUAUGGAAACCUGAUUAUAGCUGUUCUUCUAAAAACCUGGAUGUCAUUAAUAUUGAUGUUUAUGGAGCUAAGAUCUAAGUACAGAAAAAAAGUAUAUAUGUAUACAUAUGGUUGAAAUACCACAAUAUGUAUACUAGCCAUUAAUUCUUAGGGAUGGGGUGCUUUGCAUUUUUUUAUACUUUUCUGUAUCAUCUCAAUUCCUAAUUUUGCAUCUAUAACUUUUAUAAUUUGGAAAUAAUAAUAAACAUGAUUUUUCCUAAAGACAUGCCUCCCUAGGAGUCUAGUUCAUUGCUUAAAAGCAAAUAGUCUGUGGGCUGCAAAUCAGAUAGGGAUACUUAAGACCCAAGCAAUAUUUGGAUUUAUACUUUGGUUGUGAUCUUUACAGAAUAUAACUCUGGUAAAGAAUGAACAGGUUGAACAAGCUGUGCCCUGCUCAAAGAAACCCAAGAAGAAGGCAGAGCAGCUGAAACUAGUCUGUGCUUCAAUUGCCAACCCCUAUCGUAGGGUGGAGUUGCUUUAGUCCAAAACAAUGAUAUCUUUUCAGAAUUGAUCUCCUGGAGGGGCCAUAAUUGGGUAAUUUGUGUACCAAAUAAGGCAGCUUCUGAUGAUUUGCAUGAAGUCACUAGUAUAUGUUGGAAGUAAUUCUAGCCCUGUCUGAUGUGAAAUAACUGGUUCCACUUACUUAUUCAGGUACCAACAGGUUAGUAGCUCUGCAGCUAUACUUCCUGGUUCUCACAUGUGUGGAUCCUAUGAGGAAGUUGCUCCAGGCAAAGACUUGCAUUAGGCAAACACUGAUGAAUAAUUAAUUUAGUUUAGAGUACAAUGGCGGAAAGUAGAUAGCUAACACUGAAAUUUACAAUGUAGUUUUUUACAUGUAUUUUACUGAAGUAGAGUUGAUUUAUAGUGUGUGUUAAUUUCUGCUGUACAGCAAACUGAUUCAGCUAUACAUAUGAAUGUAUUCUUUUUUGUAUUCUUUUCCAUUAUGGUUUAUUACAGGAUAUUGAAUAUAGUUUCCUUACAGUGUAUUUCUUGAUCACAUAUUUGGUACCUGGUGUUUUGCAAUUAUUUUGUGUCACUUAAUCUUAUAUUAGCUCUAGAGGGUUGAUAGCGUUCUUCUUUUCACUCCCCUAGUAAGAAAAAUAAGGGACAGAAGGUAAGAUCAUGUUCCUAAUGAUUAGAACAGUCCAUCAUAACAAGAAUUUCCCUCAUGACACUUUAUUGUCAAGGCUUCCUCCAAUCCAAGCUCCUGGUAACCACUGACAUAGUUUCUUAACUUAAACUUUUCCCUUUUCCAGAGUUUCCUAAAAUGGAAGUUAAAAUGUAUAUAGCAUUUUGAGUCUGACUUCUUUCACUUAGUAUAGUAUGUUUAAGAUUCAUCCAUGUAGUUGUGUAUAUCAGUUUAUUCCUGUUUAUUGCUGCGUAGAAUUCAAUGUGUGGACCCACCAAAGUUUGUUUAUCCAUUCCCCAAGUGAGGAGCAAUUGGA